AUGGCCACAGUACAUGCCGACGUAGAGGCGAGGAAUCAGGAGAUCUAUGAGCAGUCCGGACGCUUUGAGAGGGACCGUCUAGAGCGGCAGUGGGCGUUCGAGCUAGUGAGCUUCGCUGAACAACGCCAUGGAUGCUCCGGCUCAACCCCGCCGCACCUUCGCCUCAACUCCGGCCGGAUCGGCUCGGGUCCCCGCCGCUCCACCAACUCCCAGGGCCGUCCACCUGCGCCCGCACCCGUCGUCCUCCGUGCCCAGCAGAACCCGAGCCCCUGUGCCAUGCUCCUCCUCUGCCCAUGCGCCCGAGCUCGCCCGUCGUCGCGCGCCUCCAACCUCGGCCCCGCCACCACGUCCUCGCCGGGCCUCUCGCGAGCCCGAUGCUCGAGCUCCUCUGCCCGGGCGUCCCACGCGCCUGAAGCCGUCGUCGCCCUUCCUCCCGCCGCCGCUCUGCUCUGUUCAUGGCCGUCUCCGACAGAUCCGACGUGGCCCCGUGUCUUCGGCUGCUUCCCCGCUGGAUCCCGGAGCCACCGCCGCCUCGCCAGCGCCGCUCGCCUCCCCGGCGCCGCCUUCUGCAUCGCCGUGAAACUACCGCUGCUUCUGUUGCUUGUUCUUCAGCAGCGAGCAGAGCAUCUCGCCCCGAACCGGUCUCCCCUCCUCGCCGUUGACAACGCCAAGGCCCAGCUCGCCCUCCACCUCCUCGCGGCCCAGAUCCGCCAGCCCAAGCCAAACGCCAUGGAUGCUCCGGCUCAACCCCGCCGCACCUUCGCCUCAACUCCGGCCGGAUCGGCUCGGGUCCCCGCCGCUCCACCAACUCCCAGGGCCGUCCACCUGCGCCCGCACCCGUCGUCCUCCGUGCCCAGCAGAACCCGAGCCCCUGUGCCAUGCUCCUCCUCUACCCAUGCGCCCGAGCUCGCCCGUCGUCGCGCGCCUCCAACCUCGGCCCCGCCACCACGUCCUCGCCGGGCCUCUCGCGAGCCCGAUGCUCGAGCUCCUCUGCCCGGGCGUCCCACGCGCCUGAAGCCGUCGUCGCCCUUCGUCCGCGGCCUCCUCCUCGUCCAGGCCAUUGCCGCCUCGUCUCGCUCUAGACCUGCUGCUUUCCGCCAUGGCCUUGCAGCUCCCGCCGCCGCUCUGCUCUGUUCAUGGCCGUCUCCGACAGAUCCGACUUGGCCCCGUGUCUUCGGCUGCUUCCCCGCUGGAUCCCGGAGCCACCGCCGCCUCGCCAGCGCCGCUCGCCUCCCCGGCGCCGCCUUCUGCAUCGCCGUGAAACUGCCGCUGCUUCUGUUGCUUGUUCUUCAGCAGCGAGCAGAGCAUCUCGCCCCGAACCGGUCUCCCCUCCUCGCCGUUGACAACGCCAAGGCCCAGCUCGCCCUCCACCUCCUCGCGGCCCAGAUCCGCCAGCCCAAGCCAGCCAGUUUUGGCCCAAUGUGA